CUGUUGCUUGCUUGCAUGCUUCAGGGAGCACGCGGCGGUGUGUGUGUGCGCGCGCAAUUUUAGACCCCACCUCCAGGAGUGAGUAUUUCGGGAGACAGAUGGGAUUUAAUAUCACCAUAUACUGCGGCACAUAUCUAUCUCAACAUCUAUCAAUCCAGGAAAAUGCGUUGUCUCGAAACAACCUCGCCGCGUCCGCUGGGGUCGACUGCGACAACGCCAAAGUCAAAGCCAUAAUAGGGCGACACCGCGUGUUUAUUUUGGAUGCAUCAUCUCCCUGGCUUGGCCUUGGGAUUGUUUUUACCUUGAUCGGGCAGCAGCUUCAGCGUCAAGCUUCAUGCUGCAAAUUGUCUGACGGACGCUUUAGCAUAGCCUGGAACUUGAGUGCUGCUUUCCUCAAUCAAUCUUCAUGGUGACGGUUUGAGCCAAGUGUGACCCACAUUCAGGUGCUUGGCUUUUAAUGCGAGCAGUCAUGGCAUAAGCUUUGAGGUGUUCGGGAGAGAGAGAGCAAGAGAGAGGUGUGAGAGAGGAGGGUAGUACACAGCGACCCACUUGACUGUCUCUUCAAGUAUUCUUUUCCACCUUACCCUCGAAAAUCCGGUUUGUGGGGUUUUUUAUUUUUUAUUUUAUUUUAAUGUUAAUAUACGACUUGAAUACUCUGAAUUUGCUUGUUUGAAAGCAAGUGAAAUUCUGAAGAGUGUGCAAGCGUGAGAAGUGAAGGAUACUGGCAGUACAGAUCGAUACCCAGCGAUAUUUGCCCAUCUCCGGUUCCAGGUGAUUCAAACAGUCAUGUCUGGAAAAUUGACUGUGAGUAAGCUUCGUGAUGAGCUCGAGAAGCGAGGCUUGGACUCGACCGGGUUGAAGCCCGCUCUGGUUUCUCGAUUGGAUGAUGCAAUUGCGGAGGAAGCAGCUGAAGCAUCUAAAAAAGGGAAUAAUCUGAAGGAUGACGAGAAACAAGAUGGUAAGAAGCGACCUUCACGUGCUCUUCCUGAUAAGGAAGAAACCAAGGAUGCUAAACGUGUUAAGGUGGAAGAUGUAAGUGAAUUGACUGUAACAGAACUGAAAGAGGCUCUUUCCAGCAGAGGCUUGUCCAUUUCUGGUAAGAAGCAUGAGUUAGCUGAGCGGUUGACUGAGACUGUCGAAGCCGAGGCUAAAGUUGCUUCUGAGGAUGGCAAAAUGGUGGUUGACAAGAAUUCUGGAGGGGACCAAGUCAAAGUGGAAGACGUAAGUAACAUGAGUGUCAAAGAAAUCAAAGAAGAGCUCUCCGCCAGACUCUUAUCUGUAAAAGGUGCUAAGGCUGAGCUUGUUCAACGGCUGACCGAUGCUUUAGAAGCGGAUAAAAAUGCUAUCAAGGAGGAAGAUAUCAGUGGUAUGAGUUUAAAAGAACUCAGAGAAGCUCUCACCACCAGAUGCUUGUCUGCAAUUGGGAAAAAAAGUGAGCUGGUCGAGCGGCUUACCGAAGCUGUGAAAGCUAAGGAUGCUCCAGCUAACAAGGAUGCAACAGUUGUGGUUGUGAAGAAAGGGCGUGCUGUACUUGAUCAGUAUAUUGAUGAUAAAAUCAAAGCGAAUCAUCAUGUUUAUGAGGGCAAGAUGAACGGGAAAAUGGAAGUUUUUGAUGCUAUGCUUAAUCAAACCAAUCUGGGGGAUAACAACAACAAAUUCUAUGUGCUUCAGCUUCUUGAGGCGGAUUCUGGAAAGAACUACUACGUCUUUAACCGGUGGGGGAGAGUUGGCGUGAAAGGACAGCAAAAACUCUUUGGCCCGUGGCCAGAUGCUCUUCCAGCUAUUGGUGAGUUCAAACUUAAAUUUUAUGAUAAGACCAGGAAUCAUUGGGAGGAACGCCACAAUUUCCAAACCCAUGCAAAUAAGUAUACUUGGAUUGAGAUGGACUACGAGGAUGACUCUGACAAAAAGUCUGCGGAGGAUGACAAACAAGGGAAAUCUGCUUCUAAGAAAUCUGAGACUGAUAAAUCUGAGACGAAAAAGCCAGAUCCAAACAAACCAAGCAAGCUCAAUCCUCGAUUGAAAGAGUUUAUUGAACUCAUUUGCAAUGUGAACAUGAUGAAGCAGAUGAUGAUGGAAAUCGGUUAUGAUGCACGGAAGAUGCCACUUGGAAAGUUAAGCAAGUCUACAAUUUUGAAGGGAUAUGAAGUUCUGAAGAGAUUAGCUGCUGCUUUGGAUGAUAAAUCAUCCUCUGCAAGGCGGAGUAUUCAAGAAUUAACCAGUGAGUUUUAUACAGUGAUUCCUCAUGACUUCGGCUUUAAGCAUAUGCAAAAUUUUAUUAUCGACACUCCGCAGAAGCUUAAACACAAGCUUGAGAUGGUGGAAGCAUUGGGUGAAAUUGAGGUGGCCACAAAGCUUUUGAGUAACGACAAUGACGAGGACGACGACCCGGCGUACACUCAUUACAAGCGCCUAAAUUGUGAGAUGGAGCCCUUGGACACGACGUCUGACGAAUAUGCAUUGGUUAAGCAGUACAUGGAGAAGACGCAUGGGCAAACGCAUUAUGGUUACAAGCUGGAGCUCUUGAACGUUUUUAAAUUGCAGAGAGAGGGCGAGAAUGACCGCUUCCAGAAUUUCGAGAAGGAUCCAAAUCGCAUGUUGCUAUGGCAUGGGUCACGACUGAGUAACUGGACGGGCAUUCUGUCACAAGGACUGCGGAUAGCGCCUCCAGAAGCCCCUGUCACUGGGUACAUGUUCGGCAAAGGAGUUUAUUUUGCUGACAUGGUCUCUAAAAGUGCUAACUAUUGUUGCACUCAUGCGAAUGAUCCAAUUGGUGUGCUCCUCCUGUCGGAGGUGGCUUUAGGCGGCAUGAACGAGCUUCUCCGUUCAGAUUAUCAUGCGAACAAAUUGCCAGCUGGAAAGCUCAGUACUAAGGGCGUUGGCAGAACGUUUCCUGAUCCGAAAGAAUAUAAGACCCUCGAAAAUGGAGUGGUUGUGCCUGUGGGACAACCCAUUUCGAGUCCUCUGUCGAUGGGAUGCUUAGAAUACAAUGAGUACAUCGUGUACGACGUGUCCCAGAUUCGUAUGCGCUACCUUUUACAAGUGAAGUUUAAUUAUAGAUAUGGUCACUGAUAGAAGACAAGGAUGAUAGCGGUUAUGUAGUCAUUGCAGUUUAACAGCUAAGGUUAUUAAAUUCUUACCUGUUUUGUAUUUUUUGGACAUGUAAGAAAAUGCCCCUGUUUCGGGUAGAAAUGGUCAAAGAGAACCAGGUUUUCACUCUCAUGUUCGAUUAUUGUUAUCAAGCAUAUAAGUGCAUCCUGGUACAAUAUUCGUGAGCUACAGGUUAGUGUUUUUGCAGGUUAUAGAAUUAAGUCUUCAAGUCACUGUACAUUUAAGAGAAUAUUUUAAUGCGAUAUUUAUAAGAACCCGUCAUACGUUUGAAA